AAACAAAGACAGCAAGCAGAGUACAAGUCCUAACUUGUCGCUGGGACUGUUGUUUACAAAAAUAUUUUAAGUAAUGUCAUCUCACCGCAUUAGUUGGAAGUUUUUGUGCAGAAGUGUCGGCUGCCUGUUGCUCAUACUUUUCGAGACUAAGUUUUGUGAAGAAAAUCUGUUAACUUUAUCCGGUGAUCAAGUUUCAGAAUAUAGUUGAUUAUUGUUAUGAGUAGCCUCGUCCUAGCAACGCAUUUACUAUUGCGCCGCGAUUUAUGUGUAGUGAAUUAUUAAGUGUUUAUUUAAAAAUAGUUAUUAAAACAUUAAAAUUGCAUUUGCUCAAUAAUUUAAGAAAUCAUUUAAAGUAUUUCAAUAAUAUCGGUAUAUGGGUAAAGAUCUGUUGAGACUUGACCAGACAUGAAUGAACUGUUAUCCAGAAUGUUGAGGAUGCUAGCACUGUGCGUGGCGGUGGUGUGUUUGUCCUCAUCUGCCGCCGGCCAGCCGGUGUCCUGCACAGAGAACGCGCAGUGCUCCGAAGGUUACUACUGCGAGACCGACUCCCACAUUUGCCGCGAGUGCCUCUCCUGCCAGGACCUCAAGCGCGAGUCGCUGGCUCUCAACACCUGCAUCAAGUCCGUCGCCGAAUGUGGAUCUUGCUUCAAAGGGCUGGUGGUAGACCGGCGCGGCGACGUCAACGCGGAGUGCGUACCGCCCGACGCGUCGCAGCUGGAGCCCACGCCCUACUAUGUGUGGCUGCUCAUCGGUUUCGGAGUGCUGCUGUUCCUGGCACUGGUCGUCGGUAUCAUCGCCUACCUGCUACGCAACCCUGAGAUCUUUAAGACCGCUGGUUCGAACCAGUCGAGCACAGUAACAGCUCGCAUCACAGCGACGGCCCCCGAAGCACCGCCGCCGUACAACCCGCUGCCAUACACGGCCGUGCGCACCGACUCACCCUACACUGACGUAGAGAACAGCGCCUACAAUGAAGAAGACGAUCAACCGUUCAUUAAGCACCGGCCGACAAGUUUACCCAGCGGUGCGCGCGAGGCAGCAGGCAACCAGGAGGCUAAUGUCUACAACAAGCCCAUCUAUGAGCGCGAGCCGCGUCCACCAAGCCGUGAGUCUCCGGCCCCGGAGUACGAGGAGAGCAUGAGCUCGCCCAUCCAUGACGAGGACACGGUCCCGAGUCCCUGGACGCCUGUGGACGGCAAUGGCAACCCUGAUGUUAAUGCCAAUGGCGACAGCGUGAGCGUGUCGGGCGCGGCGGGGUCGGGCGCGGCGCUGCCGGCGCUGCUGGCGGCGGCGCGGGACUCCACGCUGCUCGAACCUUCAGCUGCUAAGAAGCGAUGCGUGCGACAGGACUCGAACAACAACAGGAACCGAGAGAGCAGUUCGUGUGGCGACGGUAGCCAGAGCAGCUUUCCGCGCUCGCCGUCGCCGAGUCAGGGCGGCCCGCCCUACAGCUUCAUCACGCAGAUCACCAAUGUCGUGCAAAUCAACACCACCAAGUGACCUCACUGCCUAAACGAAUACUCUGCACAUCUUAUUGCAUUUUAAUACUUAAAAGAAAAUGAUGGUGUUUCAUAGACAAGCCACUGUCAUAUCUUUUAAAACUUGUGCCUAUUAUUCCUAUAGAAUUGAGAUUGUAGAUUUAAAUUUGUAAUAUUUUUAUUAAAAUAUUGAAAACUUAAAAAAAAAACUAGUUCGUAAGGUAUAAGGUGAGUCUGGAAGUGCCUCGGAGAGGAUUCUUACCUAUUUUACUGUGAUUUAGUUUUAUGUGCAUCAUACCCGUGCAUACUCCAGUCAUGUUCGAGAUCUGUGCGAUCAAUUCAUGAUCUCAGUAACAUACGUAAUAAUGAUUUUAGCGUCCUAUUUGUGUCUGUAGGUAAACAGUCGGUAGCUUAAACGGUCUAGGUUUCGAGAGAGAGAAAAGACACUAUUUACGAGCUCGAUUGCUCAAGUAACGUUAAUUUAGUUCAAUAUUUAGAUCGUUUGCCACUGUAAGUCGUGGUAGUCAGACCAGUGCGUAUUGUGUAUGAUUUAGAGGUGCGAAUAUUUUUUGCAUUUUUAUUAUGUAAGGUAUGAUCAAUAGUUUGGCUCCUGAGAGUAAAUCCAUGUCGGGUCUAUAUACCACUGAAUAAAUCUUAUACAUGUAAUGAUAUUGUAUAUACCAAUUGUAUUUUGCAUAAUAUCUUCACUUUAAUGUUUCCAAGAGCUUAAAGACAAGAUACAAAUAGUUUACUGAUAUAAAAUUUUAUUGCUGAAAUGUAUUUUUAAUAUUCUAAUUUUAUAAUUUCUCAUUGGGUUAUAAAUUACAUAUAAUACAAAUAUAAUAAUAUCCAAAAAUAUAUAUUGAUCUGUAAUCAGUAAUAAUAGUGUUGUUACGUUUGGUUUAUUUUGUCGAUAUGUAAAUAUCUGAAGUUAGUUUUAACUGCAAGACAUUUAUUAUACGAAACUUAUGAAUUGUGAUAAUUUAGUCUUUAUUUUUAUAGUCCAAUCACAAAGUAGGAGACUCGAUAAGUUACGGUUUAUUUAAUUGCAUCGAUUUCUGACAAAAAAGGCAAAUACAAAUUACUAUCAAAUUGUAAUCUUAUCAAAAUCAAUACAGCUCGAACAAUAAUAGAUUGAUUUUAAAACCAAAGAAAUGACCCCUUGCGCAAAAUGAGACAAUGAUGCGCGAUGGCCUCAAUCGCAUCGCUUUUACCUAAACAUUACUUAACAUUGUCUUGUGAUUUCGUAGCCGUUUCUUAUUUUUAUUAUUAGGUGUAUAGUGAACCUUUUGAAAUAAAAUGUUGGCUUCACAAAAAAGUUUGCAUUACCUAUGCCUGUUAGAAUCGGUAUCGUGAAAAACAAAAUAUAAAAAGAAAACUAAAUCUUCUGAGUUGAAAUUUAAUUGAAAAGGUUUUUAUUUCAGGAGGUACAUAUUAGCUAAAUAUUAAAGAUAAUUUAUCUUUUAAAUAUGUUGCCCUAUAUAUCCAAGUGUGCUAAUUAACUCAGCGCUUCCAUUAUUUUUAUUUUGCAUGUUCUGAUUUUAAAUAUGUUAUAUGCGUGCAAUUAGUUACUUUAGACAACUAAGUAGGUCCAUUUUACAAAAUAUUUUGAAGAUAGAUAAAAGUAGAUUAAUUAAACAGCUAUUUGGUUUGUGAUUCGUUUAAAUUGCAUAAUUGUGCCAUCUUUUAUCUGUCAUUCGAGGUUGAUUGUAUGUGCUAUUUUACAAAUUACUUACUGUAACACGUUUUCAAUAUAUUUUACUGCCAAUAUUGUUUUGCUGCUGCAUAAGAGAUGUAACUGAAGUGCCUUAUUGUUAGGCUGUGAAGCACUAAUUAAUGUUACACAAACUCUUUUGUUAAUUGUUAACUUUAAAUCAUUAAUGGAUUGUAGUGUUUUGUAAACUAUUCAUUAAUGAGUUAAAUAAGAUUUUUAGUCUUUUGUGAAUAAAGCUCAAUGUAAAUAUA